CCUUCUCAGGCGGAUGGCUUUGGAGGAAACUUCCCAGCAGAACGGCAAGGAGAAGCAGGUCCGGAAGAAGGCCCAAAGCGAACGUCCGGCUGAAGGGGAGCCACCCGAGUCCGAGGUGGAGACCCUGACGGCGUCCGGCCACCGGGCCUUGAUGUCCGGCCACAACAGGAAGGCCUUGUCCUGCUUCAGGAAAGCCUUAGCCCUUUCUUCCGACACGGGCAACCUCUCGGUCCGACGGACGUGCACCCUCAACCUCGGGGCGGCUUACGUCCAGGCCGGGAAGCCGGGCAAAGGCCUACCCCUGCUCCUCGAGGCCCAAGCGAUGACCGACGACCCUUCGGGCGACCUCUUCUUCAACAUCGGGGUCGCCCAACAAGGCUUAGGCCACUUCGGUCAAGCUCUGGACGCCUUCCGGGAAGCCCAGGCCCAAUACCGCCGCGUCCGAGCCCAGAGCGAGGCCGGAGCCGGGGUCAAGAUGGGCCAGUGCCUCGCGGCCAUGGGUGACGAGACCCCCGCCGCCCGGUGUUUCCUGGAGGCCGCAAAGGCCGUGUCAGUGGCCGGGGGGCCGGAGGAGGAAGUGGCCGCGGCCCUCGGAGAAGCCGUCCGGCUCGUGUUGCGCAAGGAGGAGGAGGAGGGCGAAGUGGCGGCCGUGUUGCACGAGGGGAGGCAGCUGUGCGAGGCCAUCCAGAACAAGGCCCUGCGGGGUCCAAACCGGCCGAGUCCAAUGUUGACGCAUGUCUGUUGUGUUUCCCCUUUUCCAGGGAAGCUCCACCUGGAGAUCGGCCUGGGCUUCUCCCAGCUGCGCAUCUUCUCCUUGGCGGCCGAGAGCUUUGCGAAGGCGCUCUCCUGUCUGCAAGCGGAGGGAGACGGGGCCGGCGGAGGGGCCCGGGCCUUGGAGGCCUCCGCCCUGCAGAACCUGGGGGCCGCCCACAACGCCCUCCAGAGAUACCACUCCGCCCUCGGGCUCCACCGCAAGGCCGCCGACCUCCACAGUACGCUGGGGGAGCGUGGUGGUCAGGGCCAGUGCUUUGCCAACCUGGGCCAGGCGCUGUCGGCCUUGGGGGCCCACGAGGAGGCCGGGGAGGCCUACCUGCAUGCCCUGCAGGCCUUCCGGGAUGCAGGUGAGGGGCCUCCCUGGAGGGGAGGUAUGUGGGGGGGGGGUCGGGCCCUGGGAGCCCCUCCGGAUGAUGCCCCCCCCUCUCUCCCAACCUCUCUCUCCCCCCUACCUCCACUAGGCGACCUGCGUGGCCAGGUCCGCUCCUGCGAGGGUCUGGGGUCCACGCGCCUCCUCCUGGGGGACCCCCAACGAGCUACCGCCGCCUACCAACAGGCCCUAGCCCUGCUUGCCAAGACCCAGGACGCUUCGGAGGCGGAGCAGGAGCGGAUCGUGGCCCAGUUGACGCAGGCCCUCCAGGCCAAGCUUUCGAUGGCCACUCCCAAUCACACCCUGCCCACUGACCCCCAACAUCGCUCCCCAAUGACCGCCAGCCUGGCCCGCUUAGACCCAUCAUCGGCAUCGCCUUCGUCGCCGCAGCGGAACAAGAAGGGCUUCCUGCCCAUCGCACCCCAUGCGAGCCAAGGGUCAGGUCCAGGGAAGGGUCACCUCGGAAGAGGAACCGAGCGGUCUCUGCCCAGAUAA